AUGUCUGCCGAAAACGACGACUUCACCUACGUAACCCACAAGAAGCCCUACAGGAACAAGAAAGGCAGAAAAGUCUACCCGAAGCCUCCGCGUAGGCAGCUGGAAUCCGACAAUGCGAACGAGUACCGUCCAGCACCGACGGAUAACCUGCCACUCGAGGAGCACGUGAAGCGAUUUGAGCAGAAAGCGGAGGAGUUAAGAUCAUCAGAUUUCUGGAAAGAGUUUCGAUCAAUGAUCAUGAACCUCCUCCACCUCAAACGUCCCUUAAUCUCUGACUCGGACCCCGAAUUCCCACCACCCACCUCAACCCUCCCCCGCAACAUCCAACGUUUCAUCAUCCUCGGCCUCGGCUCCCCAACAACCUCCCCAACAGCAACCUACCAACUCGCGCUUGCCCUCGAACUCUACGACAUCCUCAACGCGUACGCGUCUGGCGUGGAAGGGAUGAUCCCGAUCCGUGCAUACGAUCCCGUGUUUAAUGCGCAGGAUAAGGCGCUGUUGGGGUAUUUUAAGGUUAGUACGCCCCCCAUCGGGGGCGGGGAGGGGUUCGAGUUUGAUGUCGGGGUGAGGACGGUGUGGUUUAUGCCGCACUGUCCGACGGGGAUGUAUGAGAACUUGUGCAAGGGGAUGGUGGAGUCGGCGAGUCCUUCUGUGGCGGGGAACGUGGUAUUACUGGGGAACAAUCUCAAGAUGUAUCCGGAAGCGAAGACGAAGGAGGAAAUGGCUUUGACAUACCCGAGUAUCCAGAGAGUAACAGAAGAGGGGAUGGAGAUCAGGCGGCUGCCCACGAAUUUCGACAGGAACAACGUAUUCAACGACAUAUGUCUGCAAUGGGACUGGAAGAUCCAGAAGGAGCUGCCAGCGUCAAUGGAGCUUGAGGCAGAUGGCAAAGCCUCGCCAGUAGAACAAGACGAGGAGGAAGACGAGAUUUCAGCAAAGAUCGAGAGCUUGGCAUUAUGGUAA